AUGGAGGCGACGCUCGCGCGGUCCGUCAUCGGGCAGGACGAGGCGCUCGCCGUCGUGUCGAACGCGGUGCGAGUCUCGCGCGCGGGGCUGCAGUCGUCCGAGCGCCCGCUCGGCGCGCCCCUGCUGGCACCUUCAUGCUGGUCGGGCCGACCGGCGUGGGCAAGACGCGCCUCUGCAAGGUUCCUCUUCGACUCGGCCGACGCGGUCACGCGGCUCGACAUGUCCGAGUUCAGCGAGAAGCACGCCGUCUCUCGCCUCGUCGGCGCGCCGCCCGGCUACGUCGGGUACGACGAGGGCGGCCAGCUGACCGAGGCGGUGCGGCGGCGGCCGUACUCGGUGCUGCUCCUCGACGAGUUCGAGAAGGCGCACCGCGAGGUUGCGACGCUGCUGCUGCAGACGGUCGACUUCCGCAACACGAUCAUCAUCAUGACGUCCAAUUUGGGCGCAGAGGCAGCUCGCGUCGCUGCCGGAGGGGGCCGCCUCCUCCAAGGCGCGGCCCGAAGUGCUCAAGGCGAUCGCGGACGCCUUCCCGCCCGGGUCCUCUUCGAGCGGCUCACCCGCGAGCGCAUCGCCGCCAUCUGCGCUGUCGAGGUGCAGCUGCGGGAGCGCCUCUCUGCGCGCGGUGUCCGCCUGCGCCUCUCCCCGGACGCCCUGCUCCGGCUGGCGGAGGCCGGGUACGACCCGGCGUACGGCGCGCGGCCGGUGCGGCGCGCCAUCCGCCACCACCUGCUCGACCCGCUCUCCCGGCUGCUGAUCGGAGACCAGGAGGCGCAGGACGGCGCGACCGUCCUCGUCGACACGAAGGACACCGGCGCGGGCGCGGGCGGCGGCGCGGCGCAGCCCUCCAUCGUGCCGCCGCUGCCGGGCGUGCCUUUCGCCACGGGGCUGUUUGGCGCCGGCGGCGCCGCCGCGGCGGUGCCGCCGAGCGACAUGGCCGCCGCUGUGCGCAUCCGAUUGCUGGCUCCGGGUGCGCCGCUUCCGCCAGAGGACACGGGGGUCGACUGGGACGAGGGGCCGGAGUCGGCAGCGUAG